AUGCUACACGGCGAAACAAGAUAUGCUCGAUCGCGGAGAAUUUUUCGAGAGACGUUUGCGGUGCCGGAUGUGACUGUGGACUAUGGUUCAAUGGAGGCCUGGGCGAAUGCUCAUCGAGUUUAUCUCGAAAAAGUUCGGCAACAACAGCAACGGCAACAAUUGCUAGAGCAACAGAUGCAAGAGCAACUGAGAUUGCAGCAACAACAAGCAAAUGGAGGAAUCCAAUGGGUGGAACUCGUGCGCACCACAGUUGGAAACCAACAAUUAAAUCGAGUCGUGCCAUAUCCACCGCCACCAUCGCCACCACAUGUUCUUGGAACCGUCCGAUUUGAAGCCGCCAGCUUCAUCCGACGAUUCUUUGCCGAAGUGGUUGACUUCUCAAUUGUUAUGUUCUUCAAGCUGUGCUUGCUGCUAGCUCUCACGGAGUUUGGAAUUGUCGAUCUCAAUGAAUACGGAGGAGGUUACGAUGAGGAGCAGGAUGUUAUGCAGUUUAUUGGGCUAGCUCAGGACCUUCUUCCAAUCGAGAUUAUCUGCAAGGUUAUUUGCUGCGUUUUUGAGGGAAUUUUCAUGGCUCACGGAUUCCUUUACAUCGGCGUCGGACAGACACCUGGAAAAUGGUUGAUGGGCAUUCGUGUCAUCUCCUGUCACGAUGUUACCGAAGCAGAAAUUCAUGGAUACAUUGAUGUGCAUGGACCGAAUGUGAUUUCAUUGCAACAAUCAAUGAAACGCUCCUUCAUGAAGAAUGUCGUUGUCAACAGCUUGUUCCCAUUGAGCACUGCCGCUUUCCAAGUUCACAAUGGUCGUGUUUUCUAUGAUGUGAUUGUGAAGACCGUUGUCGUGGUCGACCUUUGA